ACAAGCGAACUCAAGUGUUCUCGAGAAAGUCGAGGCGUAAUGCAGAAUUCGUGUGAAGUGUGAGAUCUGUGUGUUAUACAGUCUGUGCUUCCCUAUGUCAGGCCAAGAUGUUUCUCUUUGCGCACGUUUUUACACUUCGGCAAGUUUUGCGUGCUUUUUCGAGCACGUCCGUCGCUACAGCCAAAACUGGACACUUUUUGCACAAGCUGAUAGCAAAAUCGAAGACACGGACACCUAACCUGUAUGCGUGUACUCCUCAUGAUUCUGCUGUCCCCAGUGCGCUCAGGAAACCACAGGAAAUUACACAGAGGCAGAAAGUACUAAAUGCUGUUUUCAUGGAAAAUGUUUCGAACAUCAUGUUUGUUGGGGAAAUUGGCGAGAGGCUUCAAGGCUAUGGAAUAGAACUUACAGAGGUACGCGUUUCCGCAGAUUGUACUCACCUCAACGUCUAUUGGGUCACAUCUCUCAAUCUUCCUGGAAUUCAAGAAAAGAUUUCAAAGUUGCUUUUGUCCUGCUGUGGGUUGUUAAGGUCUGAACUUAUCAGUUGCGUGUUCAUGGGAAGGGUUCCAAGAAUAACUUUUGUCCAUGAUGCAAGUUAUCUACGAGCUCGAGACAUGGAGCAGGUUAUCAAUCGUGUCAGUUUGGAAAUUCAACAACAAGAACAAGAGUGCUCACACUUAGACUUUCACUGUAGUGCCACAACAGAAAACAAAAUUGUUCAAGAGCAGAAAACUGAUACUGAUUUGAUUCAGCAGAGGCUUACCCCACAGGUGCCAUGUGAUAUGAGGAUGGACAUUUUUGGACUGGAUCAUGCAGCUUUCAUGCGAGAGGUUACUGCCAAAAAGAAAAGAACCCACGGCACACUCGAGAAUAUCAAAUUAAAUACUGAGUGUGCGUCAUCUGCUAGUAGCACCAGUGGUGCUAUCCAACAGUGUAUGGUUACGGAGUUUGUUCAGUUGCAAAAACGAAAGGCAGCUCUUUGUAAAAAACCUGAACAGGAAGCUCGAAAGUCGUUACACAUGUUUCACGAUUGUGAAGGGAGUGAGCAAACUCCAGAGAGGGCGCAUUCUUUGCGGGAUGUGCACUGUGUUGAUCCUGAGGAUGAAUAUGAUGAUGAAGAUGUUACAAAAGUCUCUUAUAUUAACGACCAUUUGCACUCACGAUGAAUAACAUGCAUACAUAUUAAGAGGUGCUUGCCUUAAGGGCAGUUUCAUACAAGAUGUUAUAUUUGUGCUCUGCACCAGUUCUUGCUCAGGAAGGAAACGUGGAACUUCUUGCACUCUCUUUGAUGGGAAUAUCACAUAUGGGCUUUCCAGUAUGCUGCUAUCUUGGAAAACUACAGAGAGUAUGAACAAGUAUAAGAGUAUGAGCAAGCAAGCUAGCUGGUCUUUUCCUUAUCUUGUCUGCCGUAGAGAUGGAUCCUCAGACCCAAGGAAGUAUUACCCUCUACAGGAGAUUCAAAAGGGAAAUAACAUCGUCAAGAGGUGAUUGGAACAUGCAUUAGGCUUGUGAGUGGUGGUACACAAGUGUUUUGAGUACAAAAAGCUCUGGAAGGUUGUUUCAUGAAAGUGAACCUUCUCUCUGUAAUGAAAUCACAGAAUAAAAUUAUGUAUUGAAGAGUAACUGAUGGCAA